AUGGAAGCGGUGGAUGAGUUGGCAAAGAUCAAUGACCAGCUGAGGAAGCAAGGUGCUGGCUCAACAGGCCCAUGGCUGGCUUUGGAGUCCAACCCGCAGAUCUUCACUGACUUUGGCCAUAGGAUUGGCCUUCCUACUACCUUGGAAUUCUGUGAUGUCCUUGGUUUGGAUCCUGAGUUGCUGCAGCUGGUGCCUCCUGCCGUGGCCUGUGUGCUGCUGUUCCCGUGCUCGGAGCCCAUUUAUGCAGCUCGACGAGUGCAGGAUCUGGCCUUGCGGGAGGGCAGGUGCCACCUUGGCGCAUCGGUUGCAACAGAACCUGACCUCUUCUUUCUGAAGCAGGUCAUUGGCUUUGGCAAUGCUUGCGGAACAAUAGCAUGCUUGCAUGCCAUUUCCAACUGCAGAGCCUGGAUUUCGUUGCGUGGUCCUUUGGAGACCUUCGUUUGCUCACAGGCCUCGGCAAGCCCAAAGCAUCGUGGCGAGGCUCUUCUGGAAGACACCACCUUAAGGUCGUCCUCAGAAUCUGCUGCUGCAUCCACGGCAGCGCAGACUGCCUUGCCAGAUCGGGAUGGCCCACCACUGGACCAUCACUUUGCGGCGUUCGUGCGUUCCAGGAACUUUUUGACCGGCAACAUCUCUGAAAAGGCAGAGCGUGGUGGGAUUCACUUUUUGGGUCCGCUCAAGACAUUUUUCACUGUCCCAGCUGGACAGGGGACGCUGCAGUGGUCCUGGAAGUCCGGCGAUCGGCCUCCUGUCCAGACAAGAACAGGAGCAGAUCCACAAGAUCCUGACAGCGGUGGUCAGCCCAUCUCAAUCUCCUGCGCCGUGCAGGUCAGGUUUGUACCUGACAUGAUUCAGAGGGUCUAUUUGUCGUUCGGCAGCUUUGAGGCAGCGAGGCAACGCUAUCUCCUUCUGGCCGGCAAUGUCGUGAGCAACACUGCUCAAGAGUACACCCCCACCGACUUCUGGUCAAAGCGUGAUGUAAUUGCUGCCAGGAUGCUUUACAAGAUCAAUCACACCCUUUGGCAUCAAGGGUAUGUUGAAGCCAUGCAAUUUGAGAUCAUGAAGGUCGAUUUCGCCAAACAGUUUGAGGAUUCGAUUACCGCUGUCCAGGUGGCGGAGCAGGCCAAAGUGGUGAAUGAGUACGAGCAGCAGGUUCAGCAGGUUGUGCAGCACAUCUCCGUGUUGCAAUCCGAAAAUCAGGCUGCCAUCGCCAACAUCUCGGCGGGCGCGGAAGCCAAAGCCAAGGAGAUCAAGGCUGCCGCAAGGAGAGAUGCCUUCAACCUGAAGCAGGGCAUGAAGGCACAGAAGUACGCAGAACUCAGAAAAGCCCUUGAGCUGAGUCCUUCGCAGAUGGGCGAGUACUUCAAAGUGAAAUCAGUUCAAGGGCAGAGCAGCCAGGGCAAGGUGGUGGUUGGACUCCCGAGUGUCGGAAAGUCCUCCAUGAAGGAUCAUUCUGUAAGCGGCGAGCUUUAA